AUGAAGGACGUUAUAGGAAUUGUUGCUUUGCUUGGCAAGGUUGACGAUGAUAAUCUUAGCAGGAAAGGUCCUAUGAAUAAAAGUUCUGGUCUUCAUGGAGUUGGAGCUUCAAUUGGGAGACCUUUGGAUGACCGAUAUCUUGUAAUCUUUCUUGAGAACUUAAGACCAUAUGCUGGUGAAUUUAUUGUUGAUGACCCUCAGAGGAGGCUUGCCAUAAGGAGGAAACCUAGAUAUGUCAAUGAGGAAACUCCUCAUGUGUUUCUUGGUUUUGCUGUCAAUAUGAUUAAUAUUGACACUGCGAACUUAUAUUGUGUUACAAGAACUGGUUAUGGUCUUAGAGAGACCCUCUUGUAUGGACUCUUCUCACAAUUACAAGUAUACAAAACAAGUGCAGACAUGAUGGAGGCACUACCUUUUAUAAUUGAUGGAGCCAUAUCAUUGGACGGUGGGAUCAUAAAGAGUGGUGGUAUAUUUUCCCUAGGAAAAAGGUAA